AUGCUUCAACGGCUUCCCGACCCUGCGGGGGUGACCAUAGAAGAAACCGCUGAGAGAAUCGCCAUGGAGGCUCUUAUCUCACCUACACCAAUACUUGUAGCACUAUUGACUGCCAUCGUCUUUCUAUGUCGAGCCUGGCCCCGUGGGAUAUACUCGAAGACGCAAUUCAACGGACAAUCCGAGCCAUUCACUCAGGUCUCAAGAGCCAACGACACACAAGUUGUCUCUAAGGAAUCGGAUUUUCCUGAAAACUGGCUGAGCAGCGACAAUAUUUUCAAACUCGAACGGCGCGCGGUUUUCAGCAAGUCAUGGCUGUAUCUUUCUCACCGCAGCCAGUUCACAAAAGCUGGAGAUUAUCGAUCCUUCGAAGUGGCCGGCUUCCCCAUCUUCCUCAUCCUGGGCAAAGAUGGUGAGAUCAGAGCCUUCCACAAUGUCUGUCGCCAUAGAGCCUACACGAUCACAAAUAAAGAGUGCGGAAGUUCUAUCGUUCUCGGAUGUCGCUACCAUGGCUGGAGCUACAACACGAAAGGCGAACUUAUCAAAGCCCCUCGAUUCGACAAUGUACCUGGUUUCGAUCGAUCUCAAAAUGGUCUGUUUGCUAUUCAUGUUCAGCAGAGCACCGGCGGCUUCAUCUUUGUAAAUCUUGAAGCUGAUGCGUCAGGUGAGACGCUAGAGACCGAUUGUCUCAACGACUUCGUGGAACGUAAUGGGGUUAUGGCUCAGUCACGCUGGAUUGGGGGUAGGGCUAUCGAGGGAGGAUUCAAUUGGAAAAUGGCUGUCGUCUCUGAGAAGCAGUUCGGUACUGCUGCGAUAUUGUCCGAACUUGCGCCACUUGUGCGUUCAUCUCUGUUCGUGAGAAUGAAGCAUUAUUUGGACGGGAAGGCUGCAGGAGACUCUGAUAUUCUGAUAUUUCCCAAUGCCUCGUUCCAUACCAUCAAGGAUACCAAAUAUUGGUACUCUCUAAGCUUCCAUCCAGCAUCUGAGCGAAAGACGUUGAUCCGAUACGAUCUGUACUGCUUCCAGAAUACGGACGGCGAUGUCAAAUCUCAAUUGGUCUCAGAUAUGCUCAUUGAGAUGAUAACAGAACAAGUUACCGAAUUGGAGAGUCAGUAUCAGUUACAAGCCAGGGGAGCAGAGGAUGUCUCCCAGGGAGAUGUGAUCACAACGACAACAGACGGCAGGGAUUUUCUCUUUCGCCUCGGAGAUUCAAAUUUGCAAAAGAUGAUUCUCGAGCAGCUGAAAAGGCAUACUAAACUCGAAAAGCUGCAAGGGACGGAAGUGCAUCCUGCGAUGAGGCAGCCACGAAUGACACCAAAGUCCCAGCAGGCCGAUCGACAUAUGGCUCUACCCCCGAUUGCGACGGCGACGUUGCAGGCUGCGCUCGUGAAUGCGGGCUCGAAUUUCCUUGCGCAGGGAAUCAAAGCGUGGAGAGAUCAGACACCAUUCGAACUUGACCUCCAGGCCUUGUUCCAAUUCACGACGUGUGCGUUUGUACUCUCGCCGCUGACGUUCAUAUGGCUUGAGGGCCUGGAGUCGAGGCUUCCGGGCUUCAGCGAGGAUGCAACAGUCACCAAGUCUACUACUGAGAAGAAUGGCGCGAAGCAGGGGAAGCAGAAGUUGAAUGUGAAGAAUACCGUCGCAAAAGUCGUGAUUGAUCAGACUGUCGGCGGCGCAAUCAACACCGUCGCCUUCAUCAUGACGAUGGGACUUUUACGGGGACGGGAUUUCGAGGUCAUCAAGGCGCAGAUUCAGAAUGACUUUUGGCCCAUCAUGCUUGCUGGAUUCAAGCUCUGGCCUUUUGUGUCGAUUCUCAACUUCACGGUUGUACCCGCAGACAAGCGAUUGCUUGUUGGUAGUUUGUUUGGUGUCAUCUGGGCGGUUUAUCUGAGUCUGAUGUCUGGGUGA